GCUGCACCCAUGAAACCUUGGGAAAAAGCAAGUUAUGCGAAUUUGCAGUCUGCAGGCCACUUGCCAAAAUAUUCCUCGAUCAAUCCGCCUGUGAUAAAUCCUCAUGGCCCAGCUGUACGAAACUACAGUGCCACUACAUUAGGGGACACGGGAGGAGGAGGUGGCUAUCGACCCCCACCAGUACCGUUAAGGCCAUUGCAGCAGCAGGCCAACAACUAUGGCUACUCGCCAGGAUACGGAGGUUUCUCGCCCUUGGGAAAUCAUGGUGGAUAUGGAAAUAUGUACAAUGGUGGCAUGAUUGGUGGAGUAGGAGGCAUUUACAAUGGAACUUAUGGAGGUUAUGGUAGGCCUGCCUUUGGAAACCAAGAAGAGAGCUCAUUCGUACGUAUAGCAGAAGAUAGUUCUAGAAAUGCUUUCCAGUCAAUAGAAUCCAUAGUGCAUACUGUUGGAUCUGUUAGCAUGAUGUUGGAGUCCACCUACAAUGCAUUGUACAGCUCCUUCAGGGCAGUACUAGGGGUUGCAGAUCACUUUUCAAGGUUGAAGAAUCAUAUGACUCAAAUUCUGUCUGCAUUGGCUUUGGUUAAAACCUUGAAGUGGGUGGUAAGACAAGUACUUGUGCUGCUGCGGUUGCGUCAAUCAGGCCUGCCGGAGGAUGCUUGGGCUGAGGCUGCGGAGACUGCUGGGGUUGCUUAUCACGGUGAUGGAAAUGCAAAGGGCAAGUCGACCUGGCCCAUCCUCCUGUUCUUUUCUGUCGUGUUGGGUGGACCUUGGAUCAUCUGGCGACUGCUCAAGUCCAUGAUGGAGUCUGAAAGUGCUGACUCUAACGAGUGGGCCGAUGGCGGAGAUCAUUUUGUUGCCUUAGCGGAGUAUGACUUCACCACUGCACAGGAGGGAGAACUGACAUUCAGAGCUGGGCAGCAUAUCACCGUUGCACCAAAAGAAAUGCAGCCAAAGGUAAGAGGAUGGUUGCUCGCUAGCAUGGAUGGCAAGAAAAUUGGACUGAUUCCAGCGAAUUACGUUAAGGUGCUCGGGAAGCGCAAGGGAAGAAAAAAUCAGCAGUCCGCAGGUGUCGCUGGCGAACGACAGCUGACAGCACCGACUGCCACCGUCGCUGAUCAGCAAGUCGGCACCUCCCCCCAGACUUCCAGCACGGUCGACAUGGACGAUAUUUUCGAGAAUCCGUCUCCAGAGAGCGAGCAAAGCGGUAACGGAAGUGCGCCACUGCCCGCGCCCACUGUAUUGAACACCACACUCGAAGGCAUCGCUGAUGCUUCCACAGUUUCGCUAGCUGCAGAUAUCCUGGACAGUAAGGAAAAGGAGUUGACUUCUUAGAUAGAUCGACGAGUCAUUCCUCAGCACCCAGUCAGGAUGGUUCCUAAAAAUGUGAUACGUGUAAUAACUUGCUAGAAUUAAAUUAUAUUAUACGUGAUUGGUUGCUAACAUAUAUUGACACAAUAAUUAACACAUUCGUGUUAUAAUAAUGAAGAAUCCAACACUGUUCAAAAUAUUCAGUGCUUAAACUGGUAAGUGAAUAUAGAUAAUAAACAACGGGGUUUGGCCAAGUUUUACAAAAUUUCAUUUGUAACUCAGUAUUUUAGUCAUUAUAUUUAAAUAUUUAUCACAUAAUCCAUUAAUUAUAAUAUCUCCAUCUGCCAUAUUAUAUGGAUCUUAAUUAUCCAUAAAAUUGUGAAUAAUAUGCAAAUAAUACUUGUUAACUGUAAAUUUUGUAAAUAAAUCCCACGUCUUGCCUAUCA